AUGUUGUUUUUUUUUUCUUUCCAGUUAUUGAAGAAUUACCAGAAGUGGAGAAUUGAAUGUCCAGAAAUAAGUGCAGAUUUACAACCAUCUUCUGUUCUUGGUCUUUUGCAAGCUGGUUAUCAUGGAGUCCUGAGAUCCAGGGACCCACAUGGAAGCAAAGUUCUAAUAUACAGAAUUGGACAAUGGGAUCCCCAGUUAUUUACAGCCUACGACGUGUUUCGUGUGAGUCUCAUCACAUCUGAACUCAUUGUAAAGGAGAUUGAGACCCAGCGGAAUGGAGUCAAAGCUAUCUUUGAUCUUCAGGGGUGGCAGUUUGCUCAUGCCUUUCAAAUCAGUCCAGCAGUGGCCAAGAAAAUUGCUGCUGUUCUCACAGAUUCCUUCCCAUUAAAAGUUCGAGGUAUCCACUUGAUUAAUGAGCCUUUAUUCUUCCAUCCAGUCUUCGCUCUAAUUAAGCCUUUUCUCACUGAAAAAAUAAAAGAACGGGUCUACAUGCAUGGAAAUAACUACACGCAGAGUCUGAGCGAGCACUUCCCAGUCAGCAUUCUCCCACAGGAAUAUGGUGGGGAGGAGGUCUCCAUUGAUGAGCUGGCCAAGGAAUGGACUGACUUUAUAAUGGCAUCUGCAGAUUAUCUUCAGAGCAUUUCUCUGGUGGCCCGGGAGUAA